AUGAAGCCAUACAUCGACCAAGGCCCAAUCAAUUGUGAUAUUGACAUCGACACCAACAAUGUCAAAGGAAAGACGGCUAUUGUGACUGGCGGAGCCAACGGCAUUGGCGAGGCCUAUGUUCGAGCUCUCUCGAAAGCAGGAGCGUAUGUUCUCAUUGCUGAUGUCGCCGAAGGGGAUGGAGAAAGAUUAGCCCAGGAACUUGGCAGACAGUUAUUGAGCCCUGCUACCAGCUCGGUCCGCUUCGUCAAGUGUGACGUCUCAAGCUGGAGAGAUCAAGUGGCAGUAUUCAAGGAAGCAUCCUCGUUUUCGCCCUCUGGAAGGAUUGAUAUCGUCAUUCCCAAUGCUGGAAUCGCAGCCCCGAUAGAUUCGAUCUUCUCGACAAAUGUGGAGGAUAUAGAACCGGAAGAACCAAAGAUGAAGGUCAUAAGUAUCAACCUUACCGGCGUUCUCUACACAGUCAAACUUGCCCUCCAUUACUUUCGUCGACAGAAUGCGUCGAACACGGGCGAUGACCUCGAUCAAGUACUGAUCCUGCAAGGGAGCCUGGCGGGAUUCAUCGCCAUUCCGCGAAGUGUCGAGUACACAACCUCUAAAUGGGGCGCACGAGGGAUCUUCAGGACCCUGCGUGAGACGGAAUUUCAACACAACGUUCGCGUGUGUUAUAUUGCGCCUACCUUUAUCCACACCAAGUUCUUGAGUGAUGAUCUCGUUCAGCUUUUGAACGUCAGCCACGUUGAAUACGCCACUGUCGAAGAUGCAGCUGGAGCGGUGAUGAGGAUUGUGACUGAUUCUAGUGUUCAAGGUCGAGCAUUAGCCAUCGCGCCUCGCAGUUUGGCCCCCCGUGGUUAUCUCGACCUAUGCGACGAUAACAAGGAAGGAUCAGCCGUAUAUCCCCUAAUAGCCGAAUCUCUUGGAAAGCUCGGUCUUCUCUAUCGUGCAGACCUUCCAGCAGGAAAGCCAGAUAUGUGA